GUCGGCAACCACCUGAAAAGGAAUUCCGACAGAUUCGCUGCUGCUGCUGCAAUAAUCGGUCUUUGCCGCAUUGCCCCGCUCGGCCCAGUGGUUGCCGUCGCGAGGACCUUCCCCCGCACUAGUUGAUGACUGAAUUCAUUUAACUGAGAAGAGAGAUGAGCUCUUGUACAUAGUCAGUCACUUAGGUAUUUAUCAUUGAGUACUCGUUCCCGUAUAUAAUCCAUUGAUUGCCCCAAUUCUGUGUUUCCCCCCCUCUCUAUUCCUUCCCUCCCACCACACCACCAACACCACCACCACCCCCCAAACCUCCCCACUAUGUCCUCCAAAACCUGGAACGUCGGAAUCGUGGGAUACGGCCUGAGCGCCAAGGUCUUCCACAUUCCUUGCAUCAAGGAAGUCCCUCAACUCAAGAUUUACGCGGUUGUGCAGCGUAACCCCAAGCCGGACGACGAUGCGGAGAAGGACUUUCCCGGAAUCAAGUCUUACCGGAGCACCGAAGAUCUGGUCAAGGACGAGCGUGUCGACGUUGUGAUCAUCACUACUGUCCCCGAAUCGCAUUACGAGUUGACCAAGCUGGCUCUUGAGCACGGAAAGCACGUCGUUGUCGAGAAGCCUUUUACCCCCACCUCCAAGGAAGCUCAAGAACUCGUUGCCCUGGCUAGCAAGCACAACAAGCACCUCGCCGUUUACCAAAAUCGUCGUUAUGACGCCGAUUUCCAAACCGUGUCGAAGCUGGUCAAGAGCGGCGUCCUGGGCCGUAUCGUCGAAUUCGAGACCCACUUUGACCGCCACCGCCCCGAAGAACCUGCGGCGGAUGCUUCGAAGUGGAAGAACAAGGUUGUCCCUGGAGGUAGCGCCAUCUACGACCUGGGCUCUCACCUGUUGGAUCAGGUUGUCCAUUUACUGGGCAAGCCCGAGCGGGUGACGGGCUUCCUCGGCUCCCAGCGCGAGGUCAACUCUUCCGGAUACGAGGACUCGUUCACCGUUCUACUUCACUACAAGAACGGGCCUCUGGUUACGGCCAAGGCGGCUGUUGUCAGCCCUGAGGUCGAGCAGCUCCGCUUCUGGGUGCGCGGAGACAAGGGUAGCUACAAGAAGUUCCAUCUCGAUAUUCAGGAAGAACACAUCAAGGCUGGGUUGAAUGCGGGUGAUAAUGGCUACGGUCGCGAGCCUAGUGAGAGAUACGGCACUCUCUCCACUAUUCAGGACGGAAAGCCUGUCAGAGAGGUCUUCCCCACCGUGGAGCCUCCGACCUGGGCCGAGUACUACAGAAAGCUGGCUCGGGCGCUUGCCGGGGAGUCUGAACUCCCUGCCAGCGGAGCAGAGGCCAGUGAGAUUAUCCGCUUGAUUGAGCUGGCCCAGGAGAGCUCUAAGCUGGGCAAGACCUUGGACUUCUAACUGAUGGGCAGAGUGUAUAGUACUAUAUGAGUACAUACUUAAAGAUUAUGAUAUAAUGACCUAUUGAGAAUCAG